AUGCGAUUCCCGACCUCUUUCUUAGUCCCCAUCUUGGCUCUCCUCGCCGUUAGCUCCGCUCGACCUCUCUCAGAGACUGAAGACAAGCGAGACGUCUCCUCUCGAGCCACUUCGACUCAAGAAGCCAUCGCAUUCUAUACCACCGUCGUAGAGACUCAACAUACGACCCAAACUUCGACUAUAACUGUCGUCACGGCUACCCAGACCGCACACGUCACUCAAACUCGAACCGAGACUGAAACUGAAACUGAAGUGGAUACGGUCACCGCCUAUGUCGUGGCGAGCGGGUUGCCUUGUCAAGCUGGAGGUGGGCAGCCUGUCGUCACGUUCACCGAUACUGCCGUCGGUGCGACGUCGACCUCGAACUCGACCUCGGCACCUGGAUCAGGGCCGGGUAGCAAUAACCUUCCCAGUAGUGGCCCUGCGGUCUCGUCUCCGGAUAACAGCCCUAACACAGGAUCCUCCGGUUCAGGUCCCAAUUCCAACCCUGGUUCUGGACCCUCUCCCGAAUCGACCUCCCCCCUGACCGUCCCCAUCGCUCGCCCCGAUGGGUCCGAAUCGCACGUCGAUAUGGACGUUCCCAACAUGACGCCCAUCGUCCCGCCCAACGUGGAUCCUGGCAAGAUCGAUAACAUCAAGCCGGUCGAUCAGGGUGACAUGUAUUACAGCCCGGAAGGUCAUAACGACACCUCUAUCGAACACAAGUUCACCUUGAUCAAGAACAACUAUACCUACCCUGCCAUCAUCGUCGAACACUCCCAGUACAUCACCUCGGUCACUUGCGAGACCGGCGGGAUCGCCGUCGAUUUCUCCUCUGCCCAGGCUUACGAUUUCGCCAAGCAGAACUGGAAGCCCAACUUCCUGCUCAUCACCAGUAGUACCGGCCAAGGCUGCAACUCUUCCGCUACCGUAAUCACCGGAGAAUACACCUACUGGCUCGUCACCGACGUCUCAUUCCAAGAAGGUCCGCUGAUCGUCCACGCCAACGCCACCGUCGUCCCUAUCGAACGAGCUAUCAAGACGGCCGAGAUCACCUGGGGAACCGUCAUCCCCGGUCGACCGGCUUCAGGUAACAAUGGGACAGCUUCGAGCGGGUCUGGAGUUACUGUCGGAGGAUCGUUUAACAACGGGACCACGGGUUCUUCGAACCAAGGAGGAUCGGGCACGGGAUCGGGAACGAACGGGACUACCACCUCCCCCAACGUAGGAACUAACGGUACCUGCGCCCCACCUCCCUCCGACCAGAUCCUCGGUUUCCCUACCGCCCCUCUGUGUGACGACUUUGACAAACUGCUCGACGACAAGAUCGGUUACUUUGACUUUGACGCCGACUCGUUCGACUCGAGCUUUGAUCAGUUCGCUCCCGGUCUCGCCUCUGAAGACGACAUCGACUCGUUCUACAAGCGAUCCUCCAUCCGGAAGAGGUUUAUCCCCCGUUUCCUGGUGAGGCUGGGACAAGGGAUCCUGCAAGUAGCCACGGCGCCAGUAGCUGUCCCACUUCGAAUCGCCCGUGCAUACGCCCCGGCACCCGUCAAGCAUUUGCUGGAAAAGGCGAGCACUCUCGACAAGGAAGCCAACAAGCAGAUCGACUAUGUCUACAACGUGACCGAAAAGGCCAAGCCCGAAUUACAGCGGGCGACUCGAUGGGGACCCGGACGUGUGCUUUGGAGCAAGAAGAAGACUGGAAACAAGAACAGCAAGACGGACGCCGAGAUUCACCUGUCUUGUGUCAACUGCGGGUUUGAGACCCAUAUCAACAUCGCCGGGAAAGUGGUCGUCGAUUUCCUCACCGCCGAUGUUCGAACCGCCCAUGUCAACGUAGCCGGAAACAUCAUGGCCGAAGCCAACCUCGCCAUCGAGGCCAUGUUCACGUUCAAGGACGGCUUCCAAAAGGAACUCGCCGUGUUCCCCUUGCCCGGACUCGCAUUCGCCGUUCCAGGAUUCUUCACCGUCGGACCGGCACUGAGCGUUCACGCCAAGGGAGACUUUGAACUCAAGGCUGAGGGCGGCGUCAUCGCCGGUGGCAAGGCCGAGAUCAAGAACUUUAACGUCAACCUCGACAUUGCCAACGGAGACUUCCAGCAGUCCGGAUUCAAGCCCGAGUUCACUCCCAAGUUUGACGCUUAUGGGGAGGUCACUGUCGGCGCUUCGAUCGCUCUCCCCAUCUCGGUCGGAAUCGGUAUCACUGUCAACAAGUUCUUUGACCGCAAGAUCUCUCUCACUUCGACCGCCAAAGCCGCCGCUUCCGCCAAGUACGCUUUCGACACCGAGAAUCCUGGCAAGUGCAACAACGGUAUCGACUGGGAAAUUGUCGUCAACGAAGCCGUCGAUGCCGAUCUCUUGGGGUUCAAGCAGCUCGACCUGUUCAACGUCGACCUGGUCAAAUUUGGUAACUGCUAUCUCUUGGGAAGCAAGCCUACCACACCUGCGCCGCCCACUACGCAGCCUGACGACUCCGAGCAGCCAGCCGGUUCUGAGCAGCCCGACGGUUCCGAGCAGCCGGCCGAACCCAACCAGCCUACCACACCCGAUCAACCCGAGCAGCCUGAAAACCCCGACCAGUCUGAACAGCCUACGGAUUCCGAUCAAUCCGGUCAGCCGUCCAACCCUACAGAAUCCGACCAGCCGACCCAAGGUGCAGAGGAACAAGGCGAUAGCGCAGACGCGAAUCAAUCUGCGACCGAGGAUCAACAAGAUCAACAGCGUCGUCGACGACUUGGCCGAAUUCAACGUCGUCAGGCUACUGCAACCUCCGAAGUCAUGAAAGAUCCUGCCGUCAACAUGACCAUGACCAGCACCGCCACCGAUUCGAGCAACUCCACCACCGUAGAUACCACCGGUUCCAGAUCCAACCAGACCGAGACAGAAGGAGAGGUGCAGGACAUCGAUUCAGAAUUCGACGCCGACGAGACCGACGCUCAGCUCGAUGCCAACCUGUUCAACGCUACCGACAUCGCUGCUGCCGCAGACGCCAACUCCACCUCUACCGACAGCGACGAUGAACCCAGCUACGUCUUCCUCAGCGCAUGGGACACUACCGAAUUAGGUGUCGGCGAGGACGACAACCUAUACUUGUACGACUCGGCCGGUGCCGAUUCCGACAAAUGGCUUUACCUGAACGGGACGUUCGUCUCUUCGGCCGACGAAUCGCUAGUCUUCCACUACUACGCCGACACUAUGGACGCUCUCGGUGUCAGUCGACUCAGGGUAUCUGAGACUUCUUCCAUCCCGGUCACCGCGGACGUCUUAACCUUCCUCGCUGUCCGGGAUACCGAAGCUGGCAAGGCCGGGAUCGUCCAACAAGGCGCCGACCUUUUCCCCGCUACGACGGACGGCAAGAUCUUUUACACCGUCAUCUGCGACUACGAAGACCCUAGUGCGAGCUCGAAGAUGUUCCUCGUAAAGGACCUCGAUGCCGGUGUGGCUAGGUUGGUAGAGGACGACCUGCAGUAUAUCGUCACCGGUGGAGCUGUUCAACAAUGUCAAUACUGGCCCCUCAAGGCGGCUGUCACUGGGCUCGACCUUUGAUUCUUUAUUUCUUGAGGGUAGCAGCGAUGAGACGUUGAUCUAGUCAAGUUUGGGUAGGCUCG